GCAGAAACAGCAGCCGCAGCCAAGCCAAAAGGAAAAAAAAAGAAAGAGAGCGAACCUGGAGAGAGGAGAGAGCGAGCGGGGGUGAGGCACAAUAGUUGGCGUUGUCGUCGUUGUUGUUGUUGUUGUUGCCUGCAGCUCAAAGUAUACUAGUCCCCAUUGGAUGGCAGUGUGGAAUAAUGGACUCCAUGCCUAAUGCGGCCCACGUUUCGCACCAAAAUCGGGACCUACUGACUCUCCAGCCUCUGCGUUCUUCCCGCGGAUCUAGUUCCAAUCUGCGCGCCAGCCGCUCACCCUCAGCCAGCCGAAGUGCCGAACAAAUGUCCCGGGAGCGCGCCAGCGAGGCAGCGGCAGCCACACAAACAGCAGCAGCAUCCGGCGGAGGUACCUCCACAACGUCCGCAGCGGCAACUGGAAGUGCAACUAGUGGACCAGGAGCAGGUGCAUCGACAAUAACGGCCGGAGGAGGAGCGACCACAUCCGGAUCUGCGACGGGAACGGCUUCCGCGCACACAAACAGCAAUUCCUCGGCCUCAUCCAGCACAGUGGCAGCUGCACAGGCGGCUGUCUACAGCGGCGGCAACACGGUGACCGGCAGUCUAGGCAGCGGUGGGGUGGUGGCUCGUGGCUUCCGCAGCCACAGCCCCACCCACCGGCGACGCAGUCGGGAGCGCCAGCGACGCACCCAUGGCUCGGACCAGGGCGGCCUUUUGGCCUACAGUGGUUAUGUGGGUGCCCCCGUGGACAUUGUCGAUUUCGGUGCUCCUACCCAAAGUGGUGGUGGUGGUGGUGGCAGUGCCGGGACUGGCAGUGGCCUGGAGGACUCUCGCCUGUCCGGCAACGAGGACUACUACUCCUCGUUCGUCUCCGAUGAGUUCGAUAGCAGCAAGAAGGUGCAUCGCCGCUGCCACGAGCGCAGCUCCAGCGUCCAGGCCAUCGACCGGCUCAACACCAAGAUCCAGUGCACCAAGGAGUCCAUCCGUCAGGAGCAAACUGCCAGAGAUGAUAAUGUUAAUGAGUAUCUGAAGCUGGCAGCCAGCGCAGACAAGCAACAGUUGCAGCGCAUCAAGGCUGUCUUUGAGAAGAAGAACCAGAAGAGCGCACACAACAUUUCCCAGCUCCAGAAGAAGCUGGACAACUACACGAAGCGGGCCAAGGACCUGCAGAAUCAUCAGUUCCAGACCAAGAGUCAGCACCGACAGCCGCGCGAAGUGCUGCGGGACGUGGGCCAGGGACUGCGCAAUGUGGGUGGCAAUAUUCGCGAUGGCAUCACCGGCUUCUCCGGCUCCGUGAUGUCCAAGCCCCGCGAAUUCGCCCACCUCAUCAAGAACAAAUUUGGCAGCGCCGACAACAUCAAUCAGAUGACCGAUGCCGAAUUGCAGGGCAUGCAGUCCUCGAAUGCCGACGUUCUGGCGGCCAACGAGCGGCUGCAGCAAACACCCGGAGUGGGUACCUCCACGGGAUCCGGUGGCGGUGGCGGACAGAAUAAUAAUACCGGAGGUGCGGGCAGCGGCACGGGAAAGUUCAAUAGUGACAAUGGCAGUGAAUGCAGUAGUGUAACCAGCGAAAGUAUACCAGCCGGAUCUGGCAAAAGCCAAUCAGGUGCCAGCCAAUACCAUAUAGUGCUCAAGACUCUGCUAACAGAGCUGGCCGAGCGGAAGGCCGAGAACGAGAAGCUGAAGGAGCGUAUCGAACGGCUGGAGACGGGCCAAAAGGAAUUCAACAAUCUGACCGCCACACUCGAAAGUGAACGCUAUCGUGCCGAGGGACUCGAGGAGCAAAUCAAUGACUUGACGGAAUUACAUCAGAAUGAAAUUGAGAAUCUGAAGCAAACGAUUGCCGACAUGGAGGAGAAAGUACAAUACCAAAGCGAUGAAAGACUACGUGACGUCAACGAAGUGCUCGAGAACUGUCAAACGAGGAUAUCGAAAAUGGAGCACAUGUCGCAGCAACAAUACGUCACCGUCGAGGGCAUUGAUAAUUCGAAUGCACGGGCCCUGGUUGUGAAACUCAUCAAUGUGGUAUUAACGAUAUUGCAAGUGGUUCUCCUGCUGGUGGCCACAGCUGCUGGCAUUAUAAUGCCGUUUCUCAAAACAAGGGUACGCGUUCUGACCACCUUUCUGUCCAUUUGCUUCGUCAUCUUUGUGAUACGACAAUGGCCGGAUGUGCAGGAUAUCGGUUCCGGUCUGGUGCGACAUCUCAAGCAAUCGCUGGUGGUCAAAUAAACUCUAGUGGCUGGGUUGAAGGGGGCCAUCACACCGUCAUCGUAUCAUUGUAUCAUCU